GCCUAUUCCCAUAAUAUGAUUUGCCUUUCUCUGAAUUAGUGUGAGGAACUUUAUGUAUUUCAUUUCAAUUUCAGUGACCUGCAUGAGUUGGAGGCUCAGUUCAUUCGUCUUGAAAGCAAGUACCUAGUGCUCUUGAAGGAGUCCCAGCAACCCCAGAGAGGGAAAGAUACUGGCCCCUCGGCAGACCUGGUCUCUCAGAUGAUGGAAGAAGCACUCGGACAGAGCGAUGUGUCCAAAGACCACUAUGAGGAAUCAUUUGAUGUCUAUGGCUUCUGCCAUUCUCAGCAUGAUUCUCUACAAGGAGAUGACGACAUGCUCAGAAUAAAAGUGCGAAAAAAUGAACAAGAUGCUCUCCGUGUGCUACAUGAGAUGGAUGCUCAACAUAGGCUACAGUGGGAGGUACUUUGGUCACAACAUGUUGGGACUAGACACUUGCCGAGAACUACUCACUUGAAGCAGCUAAUCAGAAAGGGAAUACCCCGACAGUAUCGCCCUGAGAUGUGGAAGUGGAUUAUAAAGGACACACUCAAAGAAUCUUACCAGCCUGGGAUGUAUGCUGAGCUCAUGAAGAAACAUGUGGAUCAGACGUCAAUUGCCCUGAACCAAAUCGAACUGGAUCUGUACAGAACCUUACCAACUCACAAACACUAUAAGGCUGAUGGUGAAUGGAUCAACAAACUUCGCCGAGUACUAGUAGCAUUCAGUUGGUAUGACACCAGCAUUGGCUACUGCCAGGGUCUGAACCGUCUGGCGGCCAUUGCACUCCUCUUUCUGGAUGAAGAACACGCCUUCUGGUGUCUUGUGACCAUUAUACAUCACCACCUGCCACGAGACUACUAUGACCGCUCCUUGCUGGGUUCCCAAGCUGACCAGCGUGUUCUCAAGGACAUACUCAAGGAGAGGGCCCCUGCACUAACGCAACACCUUUCCAACUGCGAGUGAGUGGAGACUAUAGAUAAGCAAAGUGUGAGAAUACAUGAGUUGGAACAGUGCUAACAUUGAUCUUACCAGUUUGUCUUUUUAAUGGGUACACUGACACUUGCUUUUCCAGCAUCGACUUCUCCCUGAUUACCUUCAACUGGUUCCACACCAUAUUUGUUGACACCAUGCCCUCGGACACUAUGAUUCGAAUCUGGGACACCUUCCUGUAUGAAGGCAGUAAGGUGCUCUUCCGCUAUGCUGUUGCCAUCUUUCUCUACAACCAAGAUAAACUUUUGGCUGAAGGAAACUCCAUUGCAAUUUUUAAUCAGCUCAGAAGCAUGUGCAAGGAAGCAACUGAUGUUAGGAGACUUACUGAGAUUUCCUUUAAUGAGAUCACAGGUUUUCGAUGGAUGCAAUCCGCAGAAAAAGAGAUUACUAUCACAAACAAAUCAAGGGUGAAAUUGAAGCAUUGGACAAGCUACGAGCAGCAGUAAUUCCAGUGCACAAGGAGGAUGACCAGCCAGAGAGUGAAGAGGAGAUAUGUGAACCACAGGCAACCGACUACCAGUGAUGGAGCCAUAAUGGACUUUGUUGAUUCUAUAUGUCACACUUUCAUAAAUUAAAGUUUAUUUUCUUUCCCAACAGGCAGAUCACACACAAUGCAAAGUCAACAUUAUGGUGAUACAGCCAUGCCACAGUAUUGGAAUGAGCCCAUCUAGGAUUUUGUGUGUUUGUAUGACACUGUCAAUAGGACAAUGCUCUAUGUAAACACUUCUAAAAUUUCACACGCAUUCUUGCAUUCUUGCUGGUAGGGAGCUGUUGCCAUAUGUCAGAAUG